CUCAGCUGGUCCACGCCAUCCGCCUGCUGCUGGAAUACACAGAUUCAAGCUAUGAAGAAAAGAAGUACAGCAUGGGGGAUGCUCCUGACUAUGACAGAAGCCAGUGGCUGAAUGAAAAAUUCAAGCUGGGCCUGGACUUUCCCAAUCUGCCCUACUUAAUCGACGGGGCUCACAAGAUCACCCAGAGCAACGCCAUCCUGCGCUACAUUGCCCGCAAGCACAACAUGUGUGGGGAGACAGAAGAGGAGAAGAUUCGUGUGGACAUGUUGGAGAACCAGGCUAUGGACACCCGCAUGCAGCUGGCCAUGGUCUGCUACAGUCCAGAUUUUGAGAAACUAAAGCCAGAGUACUUGGAGGGACUCCCUGAAAAGAUCAAGCUCUACUCACAGUUCCUGGGGAAGCGACCUUGGUUUGCAGGGGACAAGAUCACCUUUGUGGAUUUCCUUGUAUAUGAUGUCCUUGACCAGAACCGUAUAUUUGAGCCGAAGUGCCUGGACGCGUUUCCAAACCUGAAGGACUUCAUGUCCCGCUUUGAGGGCUUAAAGAAGAUCUCUGCCUACAUGAAGUCCAGCCGCUUCCUCCGAGGCCCUCUGUUUGCUAAGAUGGCCAAAUGGAACAAUAAGUAACGCCCUGUGAUGUCAGGAGAUGGGUGGGAGAACUCGGCCCAGCUUGUUCCUCGAGACCCUGAAGCCCAGCCUGACUCCCUGUACCUCGGCUCCAGUCUUCUGGUUCCCCUGUCUUCUCAACUCCCUUCUCUUUCCCAGGCUUUAAUGAGUCCCUUCCUUCUACCCUGAUCCCUUCCCGAUUCCUUAAAGCUUCAGCUCCCACUCUCCCCCUCCUAACGUUGCCCUUUCCUGGUCUCCUGCCAACCUGACCAUCUUUCCUGUCCAUUGUUGCCUCUCCUUUGAGGAGCCAGACUGGUCUCUGAGCUCCGCAACCCUGCCCUGGAAGACCAGCACUGCCGGCUUGGUCCCUACCCCAUCCCUGUCUGGUGUCCAGUAAACCCUAAACCACA